UCCAAUGAAUACUCGGAAACACUGCUUGGCGUCGCAUACGACGCCCUUCGAACGAUGUAUUCGAUGUUCUGCAACUAUUGUAGACGAGGCGAAGAGGCGUUUUACAGAGCGCUGUAUCGAAUGCUGCGCCGUCUGUUGGACGGUCUGCAACCAAGGCAGCGGCAGAGCAUCAUUCUGUUGGUCUUCGAGCAUCUGCGUCUGGUACUCGCUUCAAAUCCACCCGGCGAACAUCCUAACCGAGAUGCCGCCGCCCAUGUUCACACUGAGCAUUCUGUGGAUGUUAAACAGCCGACGAGUGGACAGCAAGAAAAACAACCGACAUCCGACGACGACGCCGGAUCAGUGUCAAACGAUAACGUUCAGAAUGGCUUCAGAAUGGACAGUUCCUCGCAUGAACCGCAACAGGACACUAGUUCCAAUGGUGCUAAUGGCAGUGAGUUGUCAGCGGAUUACCGAAAAUUGCCUGCUGACUGGAGGACUCACUUUCCAUUGAAUUGGGUGAACUUGAUCGAAACAGAUCUGAAUAGACAGCGGCUGAUGCAGACUCAACAUCCGCUCAGCGAUGCUUACUUAAGUGGAAUGCCAGCGAAACGGCGGAAGGUGAUCACAUGUUAUGUUAAUUAUUGACA